CAACAAGGAGUGAGAAUUUUUGUUAUGCUGUACAAAGAGGUGGAGCUUGCCCUAGGGAUCAACAGUGAAUAUAGCAAGCGGACACUCAUGCACCUCCAUCCAAACGUUAAGGUGAUGAGACACCCAGACCACGUUUCCUCCUCCGUGUACCUCUGGGCUCACCAUGAGAAGCUCGUCAUCGUUGACCAGUCCGUGGCGUUUGUGGGUGGCAUCGACUUGGCGUACGGCAGGUGGGAUGAUGACGAGCAUCGCCUGACCGAUGUGGGCAGUGUCAAACGAAUGGCAGCAGUGAAGUCGGUGUCGACGAUCAACCUGGCAUCCGCAGCGGAGUCGUCUGAACAUGUCCCGCUGCAGCCUCAAGCUCUGUCCCCAGAAAGCCACUUGUUCCAGAGGAAUGCUGAUGAUGCCCCAGACAUAUCAAAAAUGAAAGGAGUAGGAAAACCCAAAAAGUUUUCAAGGUUCAGUAUUUACAAGCAUCUCCAUAAACACGGCAUGCACCAUGCUGACAGCGUCAGCAGCAUAGACAGUGAAUCAAGUUACUGUAACCCCACUAGAAGUCAACCGAAUAUAAUCCAGAGUUUAAAGCCCCAUCUGAAAAUGUUCCAUCACCACAGUGAAUCCAAACAGGGGCUCGCUGAGCCUCGGGAGGAUAAAGGAUCCGUCCGCAGCUUGAAGACGGGUGUUGGCGAGCUGCUUGGGGAAACCAGAUUCUGGCACGGAAAAGACUAUUGCAACUUCGUCUUUAAAGACUGGGUUCAACUUGACAAACCUUUUGCUGACUUCAUUGACAGAUACACCACUCCGAGGAUGCCCUGGCAUGACAUCUCCUCCGUGGUGCACGGCAAAGCGGCACGUGAUGUCGCCCGACACUUCAUCCAGCGCUGGAACUUCACCAAGAUUAUGAAGCCCAAAUACCGAUCCCUGUCCUACCCGUUCCUGCUGCCAAAAUCUCAGCAAACGGCUAACGAGUUGAAGUAUCAGGUGCCUGAGGCUGUUCAUGCCACAGUCCAGGUGAUCCGUUCUGCUGCUGAUUGGUCGGCUGGCAUUAAAUACCACGAGGAGUCCAUCCACAACGCCUAUGUCAGCGUGAUACAAAACAGCAAGCACUACAUAUAUAUAGAAAACCAGUUUUUUAUUAGCUGUGCUGAUGACAAAGUCGUCUGGAACAAGAUCGGCGAUGCAAUUGCUCAGAGGAUUCUUAAAGCUCACAGGGAAAACAAGCGUUUCCGAGUAUACGUGGUGAUCCCGCUGCUGCCUGGGUUUGAAGGAGACAUUUCGACCGGCGGGGGGAAUGCUCUGCAGGCCAUAAUGCACUUCAACUACAGGACCAUGUGCCGAGGAGAAAACUCAAUCCUGGGCCAGCUGAAGACAGAGAUUGGAGAUAAGUGGAUAAACUACAUAUCAUUCUGCGGACUUCGAACGCAUGCAGAGUUGGAAGGAAGACUAGUCACGGAGCUCAUCUACGUUCACAGCAAACUGCUUAUUGCUGAUGACAACACAGUUAUAAUCGGCUCUGCCAACAUCAACGACCGCAGCAUGCUGGGGAAGCGGGACAGCGAGAUGGCCAUCAUCGUGCAGGACACCGAGACCAUCCCCUCUGUGAUGGACGGGGAGGACUACAGCGCUGGGAAGUUUGCCCAGUCCCUCCGGCUGCGGUGCUUCAGGGUUGUCCUUGGCGGCUCCGAUCUCACUCCGGAACACCAGGAUCCCGUCUCCGACAAAUUCUUCAAGGAGGUGUGGAUUUCUACAGCGGCUCGCAAUGCCACCAUCUUUGAUAAGGUUUUUCGAUGCCUUCCCAGUGACCAGGUGAAUAAUUUAACCCAACUGCGUGAUUUCAUCAACAAGCCCAAAUUAGCGACUGAUGAUCCUGCGAAAGCUGCAGAAGAAUUAAAAAAGAUUCGUGGGUUUUUAGUACAAUUCCCCUUUCGCUUUCUGGAGGAAGAAUACUUGCUUCCCUCCGUUGGAACAAAGGAGUCCAUGGUACCCAUGGAGGUUUGGACUUAA